UAGUUGAGCUUAGACGAAGAGAAAAGCUGCUAAAAAAAUAGAGAAAAAGGAAGAAGAGGAGAAAAAGAAAACCAGCGAAUCUCUCCUCUUCUGCUUCCCUGAAAUUCUGAGAAAGACAGAGAUGGUGCUGUCGCAGAAGCUUCACGAAGCCUUCAAAGGCACCGUAGAGAGAAUCACUGGUCCUCGCACUGUCUCUGCGUUCAAGGAGAAAGGUGUUCUCAGCGUCACCGAAUUCAUCGUCGCUGGCGAUAAUCUCGUUUCCAAAUGUCCCACAUGGUCUUGGGAAUCAGGUGAACCAAGCAAGAGGAAGCAAUACUUGCCACCCGAAAAGCAGUUCUUGAUCACUAGAAAUGUUCCUUGUCUGCGAAGGGCUGCGUCUGUAGAAGAAGAAUAUGAAGCUGCUGGAGGUGAAGUGCUACUUGAUGGUGAAGAUAACGAUGGUUGGCUGGCAACUCAUGGGAAACCAAAAGAAAAUAAACAUGACGAGGAUGAUGACUUGCCUUCCAUGGAGACCCUAGAAAUCAGUCAGAAAAAUCCUAUUCGAUCAAUUCCCUCAUACUUUGGGGGUGAGGAGGAAGAAGAUAUUCCGGACAUGGCUGAGUAUGAUGAACCUGACAACCUUAUUGAAACGGAUCCUGCGACACUUCAGUCUACAUAUCUUGUGGCUCAGGAACCUGAUGAGGAUAAUAUUCUUCGAACCCGAACUUAUGACGUCAGCAUCACGUAUGAUAAAUAUUAUCAAACACCUCGAGUAUGGCUUACUGGCUAUGACGAGUCAAAGAUGCUUUUGCAGCCUGAACUUGUACUUGAAGAUGUUAGUCAAGACCAUGCACACAAAACGGUAACCAUUGAAGAUCAUCCUCACUUGCCUGGGAAGCAUGCAUCUGUUCAUCCAUGUCGACAUGGAGCCGUGAUGAAAAAAAUUAUUGAUGUUCUAAUGUCACGCGGGGUGGAGCCAGAAGUUGACAAGUACCUUUUCUUAUUCUUGAAAUUUGUGGCCUCUGUAAUUCCAACCAUUGAAUAUGAUUACACUAUGGACUUUGAUGUUGGCAGCUCAAGCUACCGAUGAGAGAUGGGGAAGCUACAGAUUUCGUGAAAAAAUAAAGCAACAUAUCCUUAAUUACUCCUUAGUAUCUACAAUCGUUCAACUGUACAACAUCCUCAUCAUUUGUAAAUGAUAUCCAAAUGAAACUUUUAAUUUAAUAACUUGUGCUAGACCGAGCAGUUGUUGAAUUUGUAUUGUAAGUAGUGUUGUGGAGUUGCUGUAUAUAUGCUAAAACGGAGGAAAUAACCUUAUAUGUCGUAAUAAGAAUAACACAACCCCGCCCCCC